CCGCAAUCCCCAAGCAUAAGCAUCAAAGAAAACCGAUACAAUCGUGCAUCAUGUUGCAGCCCCCAAAUAGACAUCUUCCUGCAGCGGCAAGAUAGCUACCCGUCCGCUUCACCACGCGACGAAGCAUGCGGCUCACCUAAGGCUCUGACACGCGAUGACACGCGAGUCUGCCGUCGAUCUCGGGGAACGAUGGUCCCGCGCUAAAAGCGUAUCAUGACAUAACCACCAAUUCGGGUGUGCGCGCCAGACACUUGGCCCCCAAUUUCUCACAAUGCGCGAAACCACAAUGUUUGAACGUGUGCGAUUGAGCGAUGCCCCGAGCCCCUCUCCUUCGCGUUCCCUACACCGAUCCCCUUCCGGCGCCUAGGAUCAUUCCCGCGAGCGCGACGACGGCCAGCGGUGCUAUUAGUGCUUUGGUCGACUUUCUGUCGCCUUCGUUAUCCAAGUCUACUACACCUUCGAGGGCUCUUCAGUCGAGACUCUCCAGCCGGCUCGACCGUGGAGAGAAUGUUGGCAACACGCUGCUGCUUACUGGUGCUGGCAUCUCGGUAGCUUCUGGCUUGGCCGACUACAGAGGCACAAAUGGCACGUAUACGCUGAAUAAGACGUAUCGACCGGUGUAUUUUCACGAAUUCUGCGACAGCCAUGAGGCGAGGAAGAGAUACUGGGCGAGAAGUUUCCUAGGCUGGACGAAUCUAGAGAAAGCGAAACCGAACAAGGCGCAUGAGGCUUGUGGAGAGUUGGGACGAAUGGGUGUGGUUGGGAGUGUAAUUACCCAGAAUGUAGAUUCCUUCCAUCCAAAGGCGCACCCGCAGCUUCCUACCAUCGAGCUACACGGCUACCUGCGUAACCUCGUCUGCCUGACCUGUCGCAACGAAUACUCGCGCCGUUCAUUUCAAGACCAACUCUCUACUUUGAACCCCUCAUGGGCUGCCUUCCUCGCCGAAAUGAUCGAGUCUGGCGCUCUAGAUACUGAGAACCCUGACGAGCGUCGGAAGAAAGGGCUCAAGUCGAAUCCAGAUGGUGACGUCGAUGUUCCGGAUGCUCCAUAUACCACGUUCAGAUACCCACCAUGUCCAACUUGCUUGGAGAAGCCACCAAAGCGUGCAGAUGGAGGCACAGUCCGCGUAAAAGUUGACAAAGAUGGCGCAUGGGAUCCCGCGAGCGAAGGUGGGGUGCUCAAGCCAGCUGUCAUUAUGUUCGGCGAGUCUAUACCCGCCGCCACCAAAGUCGCCGCCGAGGAGGCUGUCGAUGCCGCCGGUAGGAUACUAGUCAUUGGCAGUAGUCUUGCGACAUACUCUGCGUGGAGGCUAGUCAAGAAGGCAAAGGAGAUGCAAAUGCCGAUUGGAAUAUUGAACAUGGGCGGUGUCCGAGGCGAAGAAACCUUCUUUGGAGACGUUGAAGACACGAAUACCGGCCGGGAAGCAGCCCGCUUAAGUGAGAACGCCGAGAAGGUAUUACCGCAAGUAGUGAGGAUAUUACAGGAGAUGAAGGGAAGCAGGUAGUAGGCGAACUAUCAAGUCACAAGUGCAAAGUGCGUCUGGCAAUAUGCAGAUGUUAUUGAACAUGGUGAUGAAAUUGCCGUCGAGGCAGUGGUUGUGCUAGCUAAACAAUGC